AUGAAAAAGUUCAUCAUAAUAACACUUAUUUUCAUUUGCAAUUCUUUAAAUGCAAAUGCAACCAGUGAGUUAGAAAUAGGAGUUAUUUAAUUUGAGGAGGCAAAAGGAUCGCAAAUUUAUAAUCAAGUAUUUUCUUAUUAAAUCCUAGCUAGUCCGAUUCGAUACUCCAUUCGCAAAACCUCCUUAAGUAGCUAUAGCUUUAGUAGAACAUACAUCCACAACAGCUCUAUUUGCAAAAGUUAAAAAUGUGACUUAGCAUGAUUUCAUUAUCCAGUUUUUUAGUGCUGUCACUUUGAAUGCAACUUACAGAUAUUUAGCAACUACAGACGACGAUGUUUAUAUAAACUGUUCAAAUUACAGAGCAACUCAACAAGCAAUAUUCAAAUAUCCAUAAUUUUAAACUAAACCAAAUGCUAUGGCCUUCCUUGUAGGUUAUCAUCACAAUGGAUUUGUUAAUAUUUCAAUAAAUCAGAAUAGUAAUACACAAGCCAAUUUAUCAAUCAAUACAAAUGAUGUAUAACAAACAGCUAUAGGCAUUUGUUUGAUUGUUGGAAGCAAUCUCUAAUUUGAUGCAGAUGCAGAUACCCCAAAGUUUAGUGGAAGAGUAAGCAGUCAAGGAGAAACAAGGGCAUUAUCAUUUACACCAAGUAUUUAUAAAAUAUUAUUUAUUGAGGUUUAAUAUGGUAGUGGACAAGCAUAGUAGAAAAUUGAAGAAUCAUUGACAGAUUUGGUAACAAUUUAUAAUUAUAUAUAGAAAACAUUUUUUGAUCAAAAUUAAAAUAGAAAAGAGGAAGAGACUGAGGAGUCUACUUAAGUUUCAGAAGAAUUAGAACCAUAAACUGUAGAGGAUUUAGAAGAAUGUUAAUAAAAGCUUGAUGACAAUAUUAUUGAGGAAUCGAUUUCAGAUGAUUUAAGUGAGGAAGAGGAAGAUGAUGAAUACUUUUGGAGUUCAAAAGAAAAGAAAUAAUAACAACCUUCAGUUGAUUUUGAAUUAUAAUUAACCUUGCUUCAAGAUGCUUUAAAAAAGAAACCUUAAAUUUAGUAAUAAACAAUUAAAGAACUAAUUAAAAAGAAUUCAAGUAAUUAAAAGGAAUAAAAAUAAAAGCAAGUUAAGAAAGAUGAAGUUUAGAGAAAAAAUAAACCAGCAAAAGAUUAAAGUAUUAAGUCGAAUGAUAAUCUCAAGAAUGCAGAGACUCAAAUUUUAAAUAAUAAAGAAAUUGAUAUGCAAUUAUAAUAAAAGGAAUCUCAUGUAAAAUCAUUAAAAAAAGCAUUACAAUUAGUAGACACUGCUAAAGAAAAAGAAUUAGAAGUAAUACUUCCAUAAAUUCAAAGCGAAAACUAAUUAUCUUAAGAGUAAGAAUUGAAUGAAGUUAAGGCUGAGAAUAAUCAAUAGGAAAGUCUAGAAGUGGCUAAACCUAUUGGAUAUUAAAGUCCUUUAAUAGAUGACUUACCAAAAAUUGAAGAAAUUAUUGAGGUGAAAUAAAAGGAGAAGAAGUUCACAUAAAAGCUUGAUGGCUAUAUGUAGAGUUUUUCAGAGGAUACUUACACUUAGAAAGUUUAGAAAAAGAAAUAAGAGGAACAAACAAAUAAAGUUGAGUCUAAUAGCAAAGAAAUUACAGAAUAGGUACAAUUAAUUCAACUUACAGGUCAAUCUCAUUCAACUAAAGUUGUUUAUGAAGCUUCAGAAGAUUCUCUAAGGAAAUUUGAGGAAGAUUUUGAAAGAAGAAAGCGUAUUUUUUAUAGUUUAUAAUAAUAGAGGAGAAGAUGAAAGAAAUUAAAUAGUAACUGAUUCCAGAAAAUAAGCCAACUAAAGUUAAAUUUUUAUCCUUAGCUUAAGAGGACGAAUAGCUAAGGUCAUAUAAAGAUUUCUUUUACAAUUGAAUAUUAUUAAUCAAAC